AUGCCAUGUUGCCGGUUAUCAUUUUGUAAUGCGAGUGCAAUGAAUCAACUCGUCGUCGGUCAGCAACAUCUGGGCAUGAAAAGACUAGGAGACUCUUCAAACUUUGCUUCUUCUUUGUCUGAAGAAGUAGUGCGGCCUCUAAAGCAACUUGUUGAAUCACAGCACAGGAUUAGAAAAUCUGUAGAAACAACGGUGGACAAAAGUGGGAAAAACCUCGCUGAAUGGAGAGCAGCAGAAACUAAGGCUAAAAAAAGUAGCUUUACCUGUGCAAGAGAAAAUGAGAAGUUGCGGGACUCAGUUAGUGAGCAAAGAACAAGGCUCAGUUCAAGUUCACUUCAUAUACCUACCAAAGUUACCCCUGAAAAGGAAACAGCUAAGAUGGAAACCAAAAGAAAAAAAGCCGAAGAAUGUGUAAAAAAGGCAGAUAUAGAAUAUUAUAGUGUCUGUCUACGUGCCGAACGGUCAAGAUUGGAAUGGGAAUCAGCGGUUCUUCGAGGGAGCCAUUCAGAACCAAUUAAUGGUUGUGAUCUCACGAGGGAUUUAGAGACUGUGAUUAGCCUUAAAUCUGCUACCGAACCUUCACAAGAACAAAUAUUACCAGAUUUUUACCCAGAACACACAACAUUAGCCAUGAACCGUGAAAGGAGAAAACAGGCUUUGAUUAAGCUGUUGGAUCUCAUAAGAUCGGAUUUAGAACGAGAAAGGCGGGGUAAAGCAGGUGUGGAAAAUCUUGCUGUUGCAUUAAAGAGAACACCUACCUUUGCUUCAGAAGAUUCUCAGCAAAACGUUCAGGAUAAACUACAUCAUAUGAGGUCAAUGCUGACAUAUCUUGAAGCAGCAAGGUACAAAGUAUUAUGCGUCCUUUCAGAACUCGAAGGAAGACCUCGACCCAGCCAUCCAUUAGCUGACCACAUUCAUGUUUCAAGAGAUAGGCAGGGUUAUCAACAAUCUGUGUUGAAGGUACCUCCAUGGAUUCACAGUGAAACUGAAAUAACUGAUUUGGUUGACCGUGGUACAGCUGAUGGAACCUCUGUCCAACCUGAUUCAGACUUUGGUGACAUUAUCAAUAUUCAUGACAAGCAACCUGAUGGUUGGUGGCUUGGUGAAUUGAAUGGAGUUGUAGGAAUUUUCCCUGCCACAUAUGUCGAAGAGAUAAAAUAAUAUGGCAACUAAAGACUGUAUUAUAAAUUAAAGAGAAAUACAUCCAUUUUUGGGUUUUUCCUCGUAUAGUUUAAAUAUUGUAAUUUAUUAACUGUAAAGUGUUUAUUGUUAUUAUAUGACAUCAUUUUAUAUACCUAUUGUACAGAUGUUUUUGUUAACACUGUUUUAUUAAAUUGAUUUUAAAAAAUUGACCGUGUUAUAUAUAGAAUAUUUUCCUACAGAUAACAGCAAUAGGAUUAACUUUAAAAAAAUACAUCUUGAAUUCAACCAUAUUCCCAUUUAUGUGACAUUGUUGGCACUUACGACUCCCGCUCGCCACUGGAAUACAUCACAAUGGGUCCUUCAGUUGAGGUCGGGAUCUUAAGAGACGAUUCAGUCACUUUCCUCUACUUUCAGAGACACUUUACCAAUCAGGAUUCCAUUUAUGGUGUGAUCAAGAAAUCUUGUCCUAGCUAUCAAAGUGAUACUUGUACAGUAGUACCCUUAUUUUUCAUCUUAUAAAAUUUACUAAAAUUGAUUUGCAAUGAGGUUUUCAUUGCCUACUAUCGCUAAAUCAAAAGUUGUAACACAUAUUGUAAGUGGAUUAUGUUGUGAUUUCACAGAGGGAAAAGUCAUCAAAUUAUUCACUAAUUUAAUUUUCUAAAAUGUUACUGGAUGAUUUUUCAAAAUUAACCAACGAUAAACAUCGAAUUAUUUAAAUAUAUUAUUAGAUCUAAAGUUAUUAAACUUCAGUGAAUGUAUUUAAGGUUAUAAACAAAUGUUUUACUCAUUCAUCAAAUAUUUUUAUAUUUCACUUCUUCCUUCACACCAUUACAAUAAAAUAGUUUUUUAACAAUGUCAUUGCCUUGAUUCGGUGGGUUAUAUAUAGUUAUUUUUAGAACUUAAAAAUAAUUUUGUUUAAAAAAGUUUACAUUUAGUUAUGAAAAUUCAUUUAAUCAUUAAAAACAUUUAGUUUCUGUUAAAUAAUAUUACAUUUUAUAAAAUAUUAUUUAUAAUUUUUAGGCAUCAACAUCUUUUACCUUCUGCAACUUUAUAUGUUGAAUAUUAUAUUUUUUAAAUCUUCAACUUGCCAACGAUGUAUUAUACUUAUAUAUUCUGACCAUUAUUUCCAGAAAUUCAUUUUCAACUUCAAAAAACGUUUACUCUUUUUUCUUCCUUUAGUCAAUCAUUUCAUAGUUUAUAUUUUGCUAUUUUUUAUUGAUAUUGACAAUGAGAUACUUUAAAUAAACCAAAUAAAAGCUACUUUAGAGGAAGAAAUUUCUAAUAUUAAGUAUUAAAGCUCUGUUAAGAGACAUCAAUGAGAAUAAGAUCUAGCUGAUACUAAUUACUAUUCAAUUAUACAUUGAUAUACUAAGUUUAAACAAAAUUGUUAGACCUGUUUUUUUUAGAAAAUUUUAAAAAUGUUUAAAAUCGAUGAUAUAAAGUGACAAUCAUUUGCAUACCUUAAAUACACAAUAUCAGCUUCAUACGUCUUUUCAUUUUCGAGUUAAUCUGUUCUCUCACACAAAGACCAUUUUCUAGAUGUAUAAUACAUUAAUUGGUAUAAAUUCCAAUCAACAAUGAUAUAAUAAUUGUGUAAUGUUGGUUAUUUAUAUUAAAAGAUAAGUAUAAUACAGAGGAAGGGUAUAAUGUUUAAUAAUGGAAAGAUUUAUAAGAAUAUAUAUAUAUAUAUAUUUUUAAGUAGUUGUUAUAUACUUUAAACAUUAUUCACAGUAAUUCAUCAAAUCCUUUAUUGCUGAAAUGGGAAUCCUAUCUGUUCUAAAAUAGUACGAUGAAUUAAUGACAUGUUUUCAGAAAUUUGCAGGUGUGGUUGUUGGCACAAGAAUUCUUGCCAAACUUCUUCUACUGAUCCCUUAUCGAUCUUACUGUUCAAGAAUGGAACUAUCUCCUUCCCAAAGUAUUCUUCGAGGUCAAUUCCAUCGUAUUCAGGCCUAGAAGCUUGGAAAUCUAUUUUCGCCAAUCUCUCGUAGGACAUUUCGUGGACAGUGACGAAGCAACUGCCAGUCUUUUGGCCGAUGUUAUGAACAGUAUAACGGAGAUGGACUGAAUUGUCUCUGAUCCUGUAGCUUGCUGACAUGCCUUGAUCGUUAAUCUUCAAGUAUUUGAAUGAUUGUUGGAAGAAACCUAAUCCGUAAUGGUAGUUAAAUGUAGAAUUUUCACCAGCGACCUCAAUGGUGCAGUUGCCUGUCCUCUUCAAGGAGUCGAGGCCAAGUACAUCAGAAUCAGAAAAUGAUAC